AUGGCUUCUUCUACAGCUUUGUCCCUCUCAUGGAGCUCCUCGAUUUGCUCUUCCCGAAGCUUUAAUGGCGUCGCGAAUGAAACCCUACAAGUAUCCCAGCGAAGGUCCGUUUUGGAGGUGGUUGCUCAGAAGAAAGCCAAGAAACUUCGUAAGGUACUCUUGAAAGAGGAUGUGAUGGACUUAGGCAAGCAAGGGCAAUUGCUGGACGUGAAAGCCGGAUUUUUCAGAAACUUCCUCUUGCCAACGGGAAAGGCUCAGCUCAUUACUCCGAUUUUGCUCAAGGAAAUGAAGAUGGAAGACGAACGGAUUGAGGCAGAGAAGCAAAGGGUGAAAGAAGAGGCGCAACAAUUGGCGACGCUAUUUGAAACCGUAGGGGCUUUCAAGGUUAAACGCAAAGGCGGGAAAGGCAAACUGAUAUUUGGAUCUGUCACAGCACAAGACCUCGUCGACAUCAUCAAAGCGCAGCUCCAAAGAGACAUAGACAAACGCCUUGUCUCUCUCCCAGAGAUCCGUGAAACCGGAGAAUACAUCGCCGAACUCAAACUUCACCCUGAUGUGACCGCUCGAGUUAAGCUCAACGUUUUCGCCAACUAA